CGCGGGCCCGGCUCCGGGCGGGCAGCGAGCAGGGCGAGGUGCCGGGGAGCAUCCCCGCGCCCGGCCGGCCUCCGGCCUAAGACCAGGCACAACUCGUCAUACGGCUGGGGUGUGCCAAACCGCCCGGGCCUGGGAGGCCCAUCCGGGGCCAGCCCUCCCACGGCACCGGCGGCGUUUCCUCUCCCUGCGCCCAGCGUGCGCACAGGCGCAGCGGCACAGACACCGGCGGGCGAGAAAAGGCUCCGGAAGGAAAUGGAGAAAGCAAGGCGAAGCCGGCAGGUGGAGAGCAGGAGGGGCCGCGGUCACCUCCGCCCCGGUGCGGGGUGCCAGGGGGCAUCUAGGGGUCCCCACCUGGCCGGGGUGCCCGGCUGCACUGCCAGCACUGGGCUGCUCCACUUCAUCAUCCGGGGAAACUGAGGCACGGCGGCCGCAGCUUCAUGCGGAGCGCCCCGCUCUCCCGGGGAGGGAAACGCUCCCGCCGCGGCCGGGAUGACACCAGCUCCCCAUCCUCCUCCCGCUCCACCCUGUUCCUGCAGGAACCCAGGAGUCCGGGCUCCGGGCAGGCAGCCAGGGCCUCCCUCCUGCCUGCACCUCCCGCCCUGCCUGCUCCGCGGGCGCCCGCAGCCGGCUCCGGCCCUCGCUCCCGCAUCCCUGCCCGGUUCACGCCGGCACACACCUUCCCACCGCGUGUCAGGGCGACCUUGGAGCGCUGCCGCGGCCGCUCCGUGCCAAACUUCCCGGCGGUGCCCACGGCCCAGCCGGGGGUGACGGAUCGGCAGGAAGGGGGAUUUUUUUCCCCAUUUAUUUAUUCGUUGGGUGGGUUUUUUCCCUUGCUGGAGACAAAGGCAGGCUGUGUGCCCAGGCGCAGGGUCCGGGGGUGCCGGCGGUGCCGGGACCCUGGGCGAUGCCGGGCCAGCCGCGCCGGGGGCUCUGGGUGGCCGGUUUCCUCCGCACACAGAUGGCUGUUUCGACUCAGUCGAGCGCUUGACCUAAAUCUCCUCCUGAUCCACGGGAGCUGCAGUCCCUCAGCAGCACAGCUCAAGGCUCCGCGCUCCCGGCCCCAGGGACAUGGGGACAUCUCGACACCCGGCCAGCGCCACUGCGGCACUCCCAGCUUGGACCCCCUCCCACCCGGGGAUGCAGAAGGAUGAUGCUGCGACCGGCUCUGCCCACCCUGGGGUGCACCCGAAUCCUUCAGGCUCUGCACUGCCAGCCCCAGGGACGUGGGGACAUCUGUGUGGACACCUCUGUGGCACUACUGGCUUGGAUCCCUCUCCCACCCUGGGAUGCUGAGGGGUGAUGCUGGGACCACCCUGAAGUCCUCCUGGGGCUGCACCCUGCCGUGGUGACAUCCUGGGAAUGGGAUCCAUGGUGACACCCUGGGGAUGGGGUCCCCUUCGGCAGCGCUGGGCACAGGGAUGCUCAGAGGGCUGGGCAGGCGAUGGCUGGGGCGGCAGAGGGAAGG